AACUUGUAACAAAUUUGGGCACAAUGCAAGAGGAUGCAAGAGUCAAACAGUUGACCCUGAAGCACAAAAGAGGAAGAGGAAAGCACCUAAACCAACAACAAGGCAAGAGGAGAAUGAAGGGCAAUCAGUACAAAGUUAUGGGCAAGCAGAGGGCACAAGCCAGGUUCAAUGUGAAGUUGUCAGUCAAGGUGAAGCAGAAGUUGAAGUUGGUCAAGCAUAAGUUUCUCAAAGGCAAGCACAAGUAUCUCAGGAAACUCAAGUUGAAAGUAGUCAGGGAUCUAUAAGUACUAUGAUGGGUGAGAAAGUUGAACCAGUCAAGAAGAAGAGAAGACUUGUUAAGGGACUUCCUAAAUGCAACCCAUCAAAAUAGGUAAACCCUCCAAAACAACCACCCAAACCACCUGUUGCAUUUAUGAGAACAAACCCACUUGCACCAACACAAACACAAACUGUCAUUGAACCAACUGCAUCAAUACACACCACAGUUCACACUGGUAGGAGCUCAAAAACAAUUGUAGCACCAUCUGCAAAAGUCAACACAUCUGUACAAGCUCACCCAAACACAGUUAACAUUGUUAAGCCUACUGCAAAGGUCUACACCAAUGUUAAGACUACUGACACAUCUCAAACAACUGUGAAACCAUCUGUUGAUGUGAGUACAACAGUAAACACAUCAACACACUCAAAAACAUUUGUUAAACCAUAUACCAUUGUGAAAACUAUUUGUGAACCUGUCCUAAAAUCUGUUCCACCCAAACCAUCUGUUGCACCAACACAAGCACCAAGACAAUCAAAGUCAGAAGGUAAGAAGCAUGGCUUAGGUAAAGUGAGGAGAAGUGGUAGGAAUGUUUGGAGAACUAAUGCUAACAAGAAGGGACCAGGAAAGAAUAUGGAUGACCCAAUUCAUAUAGUUGAAGAUUGUAAUGCUGAUGCUCAGAAGGAGACUGAUCCCCCUGUCAAAGUUGUCCCAGAGGCAAAGCUUGGAUCAUAUUUAGGCCUCCUUAGAAAAGUUGACACCAUAAAAUAUGUUUAAUGUGUUUUAAUUUGUUGGUUUUAACUGUGUAUGCAACUUGAAUGGAAUUCUGCCUAGCAUUUUGGUUAAGUAUUAUGUGGUUAAGUAUUUUGUGGUCAAGUAUUUUGGUUGUAAUUCUUGGCUAAGUCCAAGUAAUGUUGACAGAUUAUGGGUUACACCCUUUAAGUCUUCUAGUUAAGUAUUUUGGUUGUAAUUCUUGUUUAUGCACAAGUUA